AUGUCGGAACAAGUCGAUCUCACCACCAUUCCCAUCUCCCCCGAAGGCCAGAGCCCCAAGGCCGAAGAACAUGACAGCGACAAGUUGAUUACUGUCUUCCACGACAAGGACAACUUCAACGUUAAGCACCCCCUUCAGAACAAAUGGACGUUGUGGUUCACCAAGCCCUCUAGCGGCAAGGGAGACAACUGGAACGAUUUACUCAAAGAGGUCAUCACAUUCAACUCGGUUGAGGAGUUCUGGGGCAUUUAUAAUAACAUUGCGCCAGUGUCCGAAUUGGCCUUAAAAUCCGACUACCACCUAUUCAAAGAGGGCGUCCGCCCGGAGUGGGAAGACCCCCAGAACAAGCACGGCGGCAAGUGGUCGUACCAAUUCAAGGACAAGCGCAACGUCGACAUCAACGACCUAUGGCUGCACACCAUGCUGGCCGCGAUCGGCGAGACCCUCGAGGAAGAGGACGACGGCGAGGUCAUGGGUGUCGUCGUCAACGUCCGCAAGGCUUUCUAUCGUAUCGGUGUCUGGACUAGGACCAUAGGGAAGAGCAUCCCCGGCCGUGGCGACGGCGACGUCUCGGGUGGCAAGGGUCGAUCCGUCGAGAAGGGCCAGAAGAUUCUGCUCGCUAUCGGCAAGCAGUUCAAGGAGAUCUUGAAGCUCCCCCCUAACGAGGUUGUCGAAUUCUCGGGUCACACCGACUCCGCUCACAGCGGUAGUACCCGAGCCAAGGCCAAAUUCACAGUCUAG